CGUUAUUCAACAUUUUCCGAGAGAACGACGACAAACUUACAAAGAUGGGUUGCGGAGGCAGUAAAGAGAAAAACACUGGCGACUCCACGCCAAUGGCACGCCCAGCAGACUCACAUACAUGGGCACAACAAGACGAAAGCGGCAACUUGACGGAAAAAGGCCAGACUGUUGAAGCACGAAGGUCUCCUGAUAACCCAGUAGUAUACUUUGACAUUUCUAUCGGAGGGCAGCCAGUCGGGCGCGUGCACAUGGAGUUGUUCCUUGACGUGGUUCCUGCGACGACGGAGAACUUCAGGCAGUUUUGCACUGGGGAAAGCAAAUGCGGAAAAUACGCAGGAAGUACUUUCCAUCGGGUGAUUCCCAACUUUAUGAUCCAAGGCGGUGAUUUCGUCAACGGUGACGGAACUGGAAGCGCCAGUAUAUUCGGCGGCGACUCGUUCGACGACGAGAAUUUCCACAUCAAGCAUACACACCCUGGGCUUUUGAGCAUGGCAAACUCUGGCCCCAAUACCAACGGAUCGCAAUUCUUUAUUCUCACUACUGCCACGCCACAUCUCGACGGAAAACAUGUUGUUUUUGGUGAGGUACUAGAAGGCAUGGAUGUAAUUCGGAUGAUCGAAUCAACAAAGACUGGACCAGGGGAUAAGCCACUGAAAGAUGUGGUGAUUGCGCGUGCUGGUCAGCUUGCGGGCGCAAAGCCAUUGGAAUCAUAAGCGCGCGUGG